AUGGUCUGUUAUGUCGCUGGUGUCGAUCCCGCGACAUCACAAGUCGUUCCCACUGAGAUCCCGUAUGCCAAGCUCCUCGAAUUGACUGAGGGAGUUGAUCAGUUCACCAUGAACAUUUCAACGUCGAACCCAGAGGUGGACCCAAAUUUUGAGAAAUUGAUUAAAGAAAAAUUCAUGACGGGCUUCAAAGUUCAGAUGGAAAUUCCUGCUGGAGCCGAUCCUGCCAAGGUGCCGGACAUCGUGGGAUUGCGAGCCGGUACAGCAACUGUGGAUUACCAUCUUAUCUGCAAGGAUUUCAUCGUCGCCGCUCUGCAGAAUUAA